AGCUGAUGAGAAGCAGUGGGUUCUGUUCUGUCACCCGGACGUGCUGCACAGCGACGAACAACGGUCUGGAAAGAACAGCAGGCGGAUGGAUGCUCUUGGGAAGCUGGCAAACAACCAUGGCGCGGCAGGCGCAGGCACCUCAGGUGAAUUUUACAGAUUCUUGCGCAUGGAGGAGGAUGAUGCGGAUGGGAGUUGGGAUAAGCAGUUAGCGAAACGCUAUGACGACAAACUGUACAAGGAGUACUGUUUGGCGGACAUGUCAAGGUAUAAAGAAAGCAAGAUCGGGCUGCGGUGGCGAACAGAGAAGGAGGUGCUGGGGGGCAAAGGUCAGUUCAUAUGCGGGAACAAAAAGUGCAAGGAGACGAAGGGACUCAGAAGCUUUGAGGUAAACUUUGUCUACAAAGAGGCUGGCGAAGAGAAGCAAGCGCUAGUCAAGCUCCGAGUCUGCCCCAAGUGCUCGUACCGACUGAACUACCGCAAGGAAAAGGAACUGAAAGCCGCCCGUAAACUCGACAAAGAACGCAGAAGGCAUGAAAGGCGAAGAGAGGCUGCACGUGGCAAGAGGAAGGACAUGCGACAGAAAAAGGAGGCAGCAUUUGGCUCAUCGGAAAGGAGCACGUCUGAACUGGAAACCGAUAAUUCUCGGGAAAGCUCAUGAUGAUGGAGGGCAGCGGAGGGCUUUUACAGUCAGUUUGGUGCAUUUGCUGACAGAGAGGGACAUGCGACGACGAAAGGAGGCAGCAAGAAGCAAGCGCCGUAUGCGUGGAAGUUGAGCACUGCAAGGAAGAAGGAGAUGCGUAUGGUUCACCGGAAAGGAGCACGUCUGAAUUGAAAACUGAUGAUUGUCGUGGAAAGCUCAUGACUGAGGGCGACGAGAGCUCGACUGGAUUCUCUGCCAGAGAGGGACAUGCGACGGGAAAAGGAAGCAGCAAGGAGGGAGCGGCGUACGGACGGAAGUCAAGCACUGCGAGGAAGAAGGAGAUGUGUAUGGUUCAUCGGAAAGGAGCACAUCUGAACAAGGAACUGAUGAUGGUCCUCAGGAAAGCUCAUUCUGGAGGACGGUGGAUAGCUUGACUGUGUUUGCUGACAGAGAGAGACGUGCGACCGGAAAAGGAAGCAGUGAGGAGGGAGUGGCGUAUGGACGGAAGUUAAGCAUGGUGAGGAAGGAGAUGCGUAUGGUUCAUUGGAAAGGAGCACAUUCGAACAAGAAACUGAUGAUCCUCAAGAAAGCUCAUCCUGGAGGACGGUGGAGAGCUUGACUGUGUUUGCUGACGGAGAGAGACGUGCGACCGGAAAAGGAAGCAGCGAGGAGGGAGUGGCGUAUGGACGGAAGUUCAAGCAUUGCGAGGAAGAAGGAGAUGCGUAUGGUUCAUCGGAAAGGAGCACAUCUGAACUGGAAACUAAUGAUUGUCGUGGAAAGCUCAUGACGGAGGGGGGUGGAGAGCUUGACUGUGUUUGCUGACAGAGAGAGACAUGCGGCGAAAACAGGAGGCAGCAAGAAGGGCACCUAAAAAAAAAAAGAAAAGAAAAAAGGAGGCAGAGAGAUUGGACUGGUGGAGUAUGCGGAAAAUCAAAGCAUUCCAAGAAAGAAGGAGAUGUGUUUGGUUGAUUGGAAAUGAGCAUACAUUUGAAAAUGGAAGCUGACGACACUCAGGAAAGUGUAUGAUAUGAUUGAGGGCGAUAGAGAGCUUGACUGCACUCGCUGCCGGAGAGAGAGGGACAUGUGUGAGGAAAAAAAGUAGGCAGCGAGAAGGGAGCAGCGCAUGGACUGAAGUUAGACCUCCAGUACACCCAGGCCUGCAGGCCCCUUGCUGCGUGCCAUGGUUUUCUGAACCGCCAGCGGCGCACUUUUUUCUUUUUCUUCUUUGGAUGGCGCCGUCAGCCAUCUUGGUCCGGUAGGCCGAGCCUCCGGAAUUUUUUCGUAGGCUACGAGUUUCUUUUUCAGCAAGGCUGGGCCCGUGCACUGGCGGUGUUAAGCAUUCCCAGAAAGAAGAAGAUGCAUAUGGGUCAUCGGAAAAUAGCACGUCUGAAAACUGCACAUGGACGGAAAUUGAGCAUUCCAAGGAGAAAGGAGAUGCACUUGGCUCAUUGGAAAAUCGCUACGUCUGAACUGGAAACCGGUGAUUUUUCCGGGGUAAGUUCAUGAUGAUGGAUGGCAGCAGAGCGCCCGACAGUACCGCUUGACGCAUGUGCUAUCAGAGAGGGAUGUGUGACAGAAAAAGGAGGCGGAGAGUGAGAAAGAAGCAGCGUCGUACACUCAUCGGAGUAGACUCAGGGAAUCGUUGAAAGAUGUAUAUGGUUCUUCCGAAAGGAUCAUGUUUGAAGAUUGAACUGGAAGCCGAUGAUUCUCUGUAUGGGAGUUCCUCUGAUGGUGGAGGGCAGAGGAGUACAUACAGAAACUUUCAGAGUCACACAGUUUGAUGCAUGUGGCUGACAGGUAGACAAGGGUUCAAACUUCGCAGACAUUUUUGGUCGACGGGUGGGAUGAUGAACAGAACCGCGAAGCCGAAGGUUC